UUAGUUUCUUUGCCUUCUGCUGAAAUGGUUCAAAAAUAGCCUAUGUCACCAAACCCAAAUAAAAUUGAGUGGCAGGAGAAAAGAUAUUUGAUGGUUCACACAGGCCACUGAGUCUGGUAGAAAGACAGGAUCCUGGAGGUGAAAGUAGAACAUUUCAAAACUAACUCCAGAAAGCCUGUGUUCUGGCAGAAGAGGAAAUUUCUAUAUAUUAAAAAAAUGAAUAAAUAUAUUGGCCUCAAGCGCCGUGGUGUGGUAGUCCAUGAUGCUCAUGGCUUGAAGGAUUUUUGGGAAGAAAUAAUUGAAACACAGUCCAAGCAAAAGGAAAUUGAAGAUUCCCGAUUAACCAGAAGUGCUUUGAAUAAGCUCCGACAUGAAUGGGCCCAGAGGCUGGAAGGUCGGAUAAAGAUGCUUCAGAAGACCAGUGAAAAGCCGAAAGGACAGACUGCCCUACUGCCAAUUGAAACUUUUCAGUCAAUACAUAAAACAGCUGCCUAAAAUUAUUGCCUAGAUACAAGAGUAUGCCUUUUGCUAACACUGACUGAACUUACCUUGAACAUACUUGUUAUGAAUGAGAGCAGUAACUCCAAUUGAUUUUAAAUUAUAAACAAACCAUUGAGAGAGAGAGAGAGAGAGAGAGAGAGAGAGAUGACUUAGUUCAGGACUUUCCAAAAAAGCUCAGUCUAGUUCAGAUGUUAGUAAAAGAAGUGACUUUAACUGUUAAAAUAUUAUGAUCAACUUUAAAUGAUGUUUAUCAUUAUGUUCAUGCACUAAGAAUUACCUUGAUAGCAUCUUGCAUUAUAUAGCAUUAUAUAGUGAAAAGAAAGAAGACUGUUUUUUAUUGAGUACAAAGUGAUGAUAAUGAUAUAGCAUUAUAAGUGUACAUGGUGCUUAAAUAAGGCUAAGGACAACUUCAGAAUGCUUAGCUGGCAUGUUCUCCUGUGUUUCUUGAAGUCUUCCAAAUUCAUGAGAAUGAAGCACAUGCAGUUUUGAAAAGAUAAACAAGCUUCUUGCAAAUAUGUAUUGGAAAUAACAAAACUUCUCACAUAACUGUGUCUACUGGAGUUGAACUCCCUCCCUUCUCCUGACUGUAUUUCAGAGAACAAUCUAUGGAAGAACAUAUCUUUUCAAAAUUUGAAGGGAGUAAGUUUUGCCCCAUGAGCAUUUAUAAGCUGAAUGGUUUUCUAUAUUGCAUUCUGUAUUUUGAGCUCUACAAGUGCCACUUAUAUUCCUAGUUCAUCAGGACAGUGGUUAUAGUUAUAUCAUCAUACUAAAUAAAAUAACCCCUCAUAGCAGUUUGAAACUAAUUUAAACUGCAAGCUAAACAAUAGAAAAGAACUGCACAAAACCUAUGUUGCAGCUCUCAAGAACAUUGAGAUCCAAAAGACAUGUUGGAAGAGAGAUUAAAAAACCCUUGAAAAUGCAAAUAAUAAUUGGAUGGGGGAAGAUUUGCUAUACACAUUUAAGAAAUCUUAAUUUUAUGGCAGAACUAUUAUUACAUGGAAAAACCCACAGAGCAGAUGGGACAUGGGUCUAAAUGCUGCAUUUAAAAAAAAUUGAACCCACACAGUAGAGAAUUAAGAAAGGGAGACUAAAUUUCAGCUUCUUUUAAAAAGCUGCAACUAAGAUUUUAUUAUGGUUCUUUAUUAUUUAGCCUGCAACUUAUACUGUUUUUAAAUCAAUAGAUUUUUUAAAAAAAAAUUAUUUCAGCAGAAGGAAUGGAAGUAAGAUGUUGAAAACAGCAAUAGAGCUAUAUUUCAUGGCAGGCUAGGUUCACAACUCAUAGAGAUGGAAUGAUGACUAGCAGUACAGAUUCUGUGAGGAAAGCAAAAGGCCUGGCUGGUGAGUGGUCAGGCUCUAGGUUGCAGCAGCAUCAAAGGAAAUGAAAUGCUGCAGUUCUUAAUGGUGGUAACUAAUGGCAGAGUCAAAGGUGGUGUUAGAAGGCUGGUGGAAGAUAUUGCCAGGUCAGCAGUUCACAGAGAGUUUAGUCUGGGCCAAGAGAGGCAAAGAUGGGAGCUGAAAAAGAGAGUAAGUGGCAGGAAAGGAAGGAAGAAGGAAGGAAGGAAGGAAGGAAGGAGGCAGAAAGUCAACAGCAACUUGAUUCGACAGAUGUUUUGGUGGUGUAAGAGUACUACAUCAAUUGUUACUAGUUCCUUGGGUCACCUGAUAGGCCCCGGUCAGGUUGUGGCAGACAACAGUCUUACCAGUAUCUUCAGCUGUUCUGGAGGCACCCAAGAGCAGAGAAGAGUUGGCAUAACACAGCACUAUUCUUGGUACGGAUUGUAGGCAGUAGCGGCUCGUGAACGCACAGCUGGGGGAGGCGGUGGGAGGCAUCUUUAAGGGAAAAGAAAGUCGCUGCUUACCUCCGCAGCAUGCCUCCUAGCAGUCCCUGCAGCGGGGAAUCACCACCACCACUUACCUGGCUGCUGGCGGGGGCUCGGCUCUGUUAACGCCAGGUGAGUGUGAGUGGUAGCGGCAAUUCCCCGCCACAGGGGUUGCUGGGAGGCAUGCUGCGGAGGUAAGCAGUGACUUUCUUUUCCCUUAAAAGUGCCUCCCACCACGCCCCCACCAGCGGCACAUUCACAAGCCACUACUGAUAGUAGGGAUGUGCACAGAACUGGUUCGGAGGCCUUUUAUGGUUCUGAGGCCCUUUAUGGGCCUCCAAAUCCGUUCAAAGAACCAACAGUUCCGCUGGUUCGAAGGCGGCAGGCGUCUCCCUUUAAGAGAGGGGAGAAGGUGCACUUACCCCUCCCGCUGCUUCUCUCCCGCCGGCAUCAGUGUUUUUAGCAGCCCAUUGAGGGAGCAGCGUACCUCCCUGCUGCUCCAUUGCCCUCCACUUCUGGAUCCUCGCAGCCCCUGCCAGCUCCAUGAUGGAGCUGGCAGCUGUGUGGGCGGCUGAUCCGGCCACCCAGCUACGGGCAGCUGCUCGUCUGCGGGGAGAGUGGGCUAAGCCUGUUCUCCCCGCCGACCACAUUGAUGUACUUCACAGCAGUCGUGUGAAGCACCUCAGGAUGGGGUAAGGAGUAGAUUUCAUUCUCCAAUCCAAGGAAUUAGUGACAAAGCAGCUAAGCAUGGCAAGGGUGAGGUGAGGCAAGGGACAGGUUUCAUUCUUCUUCUUCAGUGCAUGCCUUUUAAUAUAAAAAGGAGAGCUGCUUUAUAGGCAAAGAGGGCAAGCAUAUAUUUAACAUACACAUCUAGUUUGGCCUUAAGUGUGAGCAUGUACUGGAGAGAACUAGAGAGAAAACAGAAUGGCUUUGGAUGGAUAGUCUGUGGUCUAGCACUGGAGGAUUUUUUAACCAGAGGAAAGAGAAUGUUUUGACCAUGGGUGGAUUAGAUAAAAAUUCAAGUCAGGAAUGUCUGUGUAAGCAAGCAUAGAAAUUACAGCUUGGCAGUGAGGCAGCAAUGCAAUUUGUCUUAACGUUCACGGAAAGCUAUGCAGAAUGUCAUUUGCCAGCCUGAAUUAACCCAUCCAAACCUCUUUAUGAAAAUACAUGUUUCUGAAGGACUUUCCCCCGCAAGGGGGAAAUGCAUGUAGAAAAAAAUACAAUACAUGUAGAAAAAAAUCUUGGAUACCGUGACUAUAACCGCUUAUAUUUGCUUACAUGUAUUGACUGUGCUGUUCCAUUCUUAAUUAAAAUAUUGUGGAAAACA